CAGGGACUCUACUCACUAUAGCCUCCCUGCCUCCCCUCCUGCCAGUCCCCACCAGCACAGCCUCUGUUCCCUCAGUUCCCUCAAGAUCACUGUUCCUUCAAGAUCACUGGCUGGGCCCCGCUCCCCCCCGCCCCCCGCCCCAGCAUGGUGGUUUCCAGAUCUCUCCAAGCCCUGGGUGGGGGCUGUCUCGGGAGCCUCAUCCCCCUGCUGCUUCUGGUUUCCACAGCCCCCCUUGACGCUGCCAAGAUCCCUGCAGCCCCAGACUGUGGGAAGCCCCAGCAGCUGAACCGGAUCGUGGGUGGGGAGGACAGUGUGGAUGCCGAGUGGCCUUGGGUAGUGAGCAUCCAGAAGAAUGGCACCCACCACUGCGCAGGUUCCCUGCUCACCAACCGCUGGGUGGUCACCGCAGCCCACUGUUUCAAGGGUGACCUGGACCAGCUGGAUCUAUUCUCUGUGCUGCUGGGGGCCUGGCAACUGGAGACCCCGGGUCCCCGGUCCCAGCAGGUGGGCAUUGCCUGGGUGCUGCCCCACCCCUGGUACUCCUGGAAGGAAGCAGCCCGAGCUGAUACUGCCCUCGUGCGCCUCGAACACACCAUUCAGUUCUCGGAGCGAGUCCUGCCUAUCUGCCUGCCUGACUCCUCUGUCCAGCUCCCUCCCAACACCAGCUGCUGGAUUGCAGGCUGGGGGAGCAUCAGUGAUGGAGUGCCCCUACCCUACCCACAGACUCUGCAGAAGCUGAAGGUGCCCAUCAUUGACUCAGAGGUCUGCAGCCACCUGUACUGGCGUGGAGCAGGGCAGGAAGCCAUCACAGAAGACAUGUUGUGUGCUGGCUACCUGGAGGGGCAGCAGGAUGCCUGCAUGGGCGACUCCGGGGGUCCCCUGAUGUGCCAGGUCAAUGGUGCCUGGCUGCUGGCAGGCAUCAUCAGCUGGGGCGAGGGCUGUGCAGAGCGCAACCGGCCAGGCGUCUACACCAGCCUUCUCGUACACCGCUCUUGGGUUCAGAGGGUCGUGCAAGGGGCUCAGCUCCAUGGGCAAAGGGCGCGCAGCCCAGGCGCUUAGGUGGCCAGGCCCUCCUAGGCCCUCAGAAUUCCAGAGUCCACUGGCGGCUUCCUCCGUUGUAAAUACACUAUCUACCUCUUGGGGGCGCCCGCGGUCCGCGCGGGAUCUGGGACGGUCACGAACACACCGUGACCCCCCGCCCCCCGCCUUUUGAAUACACAGUAUGUGUUCAUGAUUUUUACAGUUAUUUGUAACCUUGCCCAUAUAUUUAUUCCUUCACUUUCAAUAAAUUAUUUAUUCUCCA